AUGCCAGAAGCUCCCGGUUCCGGAACAGAAGACCUCCAUCGAAAGCAUGAGCCUCAUCCCGACCCCCAGGAGUUGGUAGGCCAUCAAGGCAAAGCCGUCGACUACGAGCCUCACCCAGAGAAGUCCUUGAAGAUCUCACCCGAACAUGAAGCCAUCGUGAAGUCAAUCACGAACUUGUACUCCGGCAGCGCCAGCGAGAAGGACAUGUCGGUGUACGCCGAAAAGGCCAUCUACGACGACCCGCUGUCAUACUGCGAUAUCCGAUACAAGAUCGCUGGGCAGUGGUACGGGUUGCCCAAGAUGUUCGCCAAGCUUGAGACCAAGAAGAUCGAGGUGGUCAAGGACACGCCAACAGAGAUCAUCUUCAAGCAGAGGCAGGCCUACACGCCCAAGGUAUUGAACACGACCAAGGAAGUUGAUUCUCUGGUGUCGUUGGCGCUGGACAACGAGGGCAAGGUGCGGUAUCACAAGGACAUGUGGAAUGAUCAGGACUACAGCCACUCGGGCAUUGGCAAGCUGAUCAAGAAUCUCAAUGGCGACCAUCUUCCCAAGAUCACGCAACCCCCGUAUUCGUUAUAA